AUGGAGUGUGAAGUGAUCUGUGUACCGUGUGUUUUUCAGAACUGUGGUUAUGGCACUAAAGAUGACGAUUACACCUGCAUCUCCUGUCCGGCCGGGAAGUUCUCCAAAGGCAAAUACGAGAUCUGCCGUCGCCACAAAGACUGCGACUCGUUGUACCGCGCCACCGUCCUGACGCCAGGGACUCUGGAGAGCGACGCCGAGUGCGGACCGUGUUUACCGGGGUACUACAUUCUGGAGAACCGUCCGCGUAACAUCUAUGGCAUGGUGUGUCACUCCUGUCAGAACGCUCCUCGAAACAUCAAAGAGUGCAUGCAGUCGACGCCGCCGUCAUCGGGCCGAGCUCCCAGCGUGUCGUCCAGCAGCACCACCAUAUUCCCACACGCAGAGAAAGAUCCAACAGGACAAGGUCACCUAGCAACAGCCCUCAUCAUCGCCAUGUCAACCAUCUUCAUCAUGGCCAUCGCUAUAGUGAUGAUUAUUAUGUUCUACAUCCUGAAGACCAAACCGAGUGUACAAGCAUGCUGCUCUGGACAAAUAAUAAAGACAGUGGAAGCCCAAACAAACAAGCAGGAGGAGAAGAAGGAGGUUCAAGAAAACGUGGUGAUCUUUGCAGAAAAGGAUGAAUUUGAUAAGCUCAAGCCUUCAUCUCCAAAAACAGCAAAGAGGACAUGUUUGUUCAGAUUGAACUCUGUUGCUUUGUGUGACUCAUCCAAACAUUUCCUGUUUAUGCAGAUUCACAGCAGAAGGAAAAAGAUCCUGGAUUUGUACACAAAAGCCUGCAGUGUUGCGGAGGGUCUGAGUCCGACUGAGCUGCCGUUCGACUGUCUGGAGCGCAGCAGCCGCAUGCUCAGCGCCACCUACAGCACGGACAAGGCAGUGGUGAAGACGUGGAGGCACCUCGCCGAGAGCUUCGGCCUGAAGCGCGACGAGAUCGGAGGCAUGACGGACGGCAUGCAGCUCUUCGACCGCAUCAGUACGGCGGGAUACAGCAUCCCGGACCUGCUGACCCGUUUGGUCCAGAUCGAACGACUGGAUGCCGUCGAGACCCUCUGCUUCGACAUUCUGGGCCCCGAGAACAGCGUCCCUCCAUCCAGCCACCAUCCCAAUCUCACCUCCCGCUGCGCCAGCGUCUGAGAGAACCCAUCCAGACCAGGGCUGCGGCCUCAUUUAUAAAGUGUUGUGCAGAAACCAUCCUAACCC